GGAGCAAGGCGGAGACACGGAAGCGGCCAUUGUUCCUCCCGCAAGCGACGGGGGGGAAAGGGUUCGCCGCCAACACAGCCGGGGACAUGCCUGCGGGGAAGGCUUUCCGUCGGAGGAAGGUGGACUCUGACGAGGAUGACGAGGAUGCGCAGGUCACCGAGGAGGUCCGGCUAAAACUAGAGGAAGCAAAAGAAGUGCAGAGUCUAAGGAGGAGGCCAAAUGGAGUGAGUGCGGCUGCUCUGCUCGUGGGGGAGAAAUUGCAAGAAGAAACCACCCUGGCGGAUGAUCCCUUUAAAAUAAAGACCGGUGGAAUGGUGGACAUGAAGAAACUGAAAGAACGGGGCAAGGAGAGGAUCAGCGAAGAAGAGGACCUCAACCUUGGGACUUCUUUUUCCGCAGAGACCAACAGGAGGGAUGAAGAUGCUGAUAUGAUGAAGUACAUUGAAACUGAGCUGAAGAAAAGAAAGGGAAUUGUGGAAAAUGAGGAGCAGAAAGUGAAGCAGAAGAACGCCGAAGACUGUCUGUAUGAGCUGCCUGAGAGCAUCCGGGUCUCUUCAGCUAAGAAGACUGAGGAGAUGCUGUCCAAUCAGAUGCUGAGCGGCAUUCCAGAGGUGGACCUUGGAAUUGAAGCUAAGAUCAAAAACAUCAUUUCUACCGAGGAGGCCAAAGCACGAUUGCUGGCCGAGCAGCAAAACAAAAAGAAAGAUAGCGAAACCUCCUUUGUCCCAACGAACAUGGCUGUCAACUACGUCCAGCACAACAGAUUUUAUCAUGAAGAGCUGAAUGCACCAGUACGGAGAAACAAAGAAGAACCCAAAGCCCGUCCCCUCAGGGUGGGAGAUACCGAGAAACCAGAACCUGAGAGGUCCCCACCAAAUCGCAAACGCCCCCCAAAUGAGAAGGCAACCGACGACUAUCACUAUGAGAAGUUCAAGAAGAUGAACCGGCGGUACUGAAGCUGGCUUUUCCAGAACGCAAAAAUUCCUCUUCAGAUAUUAAGGGCAAAUACACAGGGGACUUUGAGAAGGUGGGGGUUCGCUUAGAAUCAUCCCUGCAACUGGGAACUAUUUUUGUAAACAGCUUUGUGGUUUUUUUGUUUGUUUUUGCACUCAAGCAGUGUUUUAUGAAAUAAAAUAAUUAAAAUUACAGUGGAAUCUCAAGCAAAGGGAAGAUUCUAAGUGCAUUUACCUUAGCCAUGGGUAGACAAACUAAGGCCCGGGGGCCAGAUCUGGCCCAAUCGCCUUCUAAAUCUGGCCCACGGACGGUCCGGGAAUCAGCGUGUUUUUA